CGAAAUCAGGAUACUGUAAGAUUCCCGCGCAUUCCAGCCGCGCUAAGUAUAUGACAUCACCCCACUUUCUUCAACAACGACUUCUUGGGGCCCCCGCCAUUUCUCCUCGAAGACUGUGGAAAAUUCGCGCAACUUGCAACAGCACGUGCUACUCUCUCCACGACCUGCAGGUACAGCGCACAGCCGCCUUGUGUGCUUCCCCCACGUGGCAGAUCGAGAUCGACCUCACCGCUAUAUAUGCUCCUAUCCUCAUGCUGAUACGCAGCCCUACCAAGCUUAUACUGCUUGACACAUCGCCUGAAGCUAUACACUUAAGACGCAAAGCUGCUAGAGUCGCACCCUUCACUCAGCCUAAGCCAACCCUUCGAUUCUUCCAUCAGACUCAUCAAGCAAACACCGGCAUGCUCUACUCCUCCAAACCCACCGUCUCCUCCUCCUCCUCCAAGCGCAUCUUCGCGCCCACCGGCGGCUCCAACGACCCCGGCCACGCCGUCCAGUACCAGCGCGGCACGCUCGAAAUCUCUGACCUGCUGCCCAGCCCCACGGAGCAAUUCCACAUAUGGUUCCAGGAAGCGCUAUCCGCGGGCGUCUACCAGCCUGAAACCGUCACCCUGGCGACAGCGAGCCUGCCAGAUGGCAAGCCCAGCGCGCGAAUCGUGUUCAUGAAAGAGCUGGACGAGAGAGGGUUUGUCAUCUACUCGAAUUGGGAAACGAGCCGCAAGGCGAAGGAUGUGGAGUCGAAUCCGCAGGCCGCCCUGUCCUUCUGGUGGCGCGAAGUCGAGCGCCAGGUGCGCGUCGAGGGCACGGUUGAGCGGCUCUCGGCGGAGGAGUCGCAGGUCUACUACGACACGAGGAUCCGGGGGAGUAGGAUUGGCGCGUGGGCGAGCCCGCAGAGCCUGGUGCUGCAGAGUAGGGAGGAGCUGGUGAAGAGGGUCGAGGAGGUGGAGAAGAGGUUUGAGGGCAAGGAUAGAAUUCCUGUGCCGGAGUUUUGGGGCGGGAUUAGGGUGGUGCCUGAGACGGUGGAGCUUUGGCAGGGAAGGGAGAGUAGGCUGCAUGAUCGGUUUAGAUAUAGGAAGGAAGGGGAGGGGUGGGUGAUUGAGAGGUUGAGUCCGUGAUGCGUAGGAAGGCAGAGGCGGGGGAGGAGAAGUGCAUGAUUUAAAAAAGGUCAAGGAACGGAAGGGAAGAAAGGGGUUUAGAUAAAAGAUUGUAGCAUAUCACGCCUGCAUUGGGUGGAUUUAGUGUAUAAUGUCUCGUUGCAUUUUGCGUUCAGAUCAAUAGCGCACUUUUUGAUAUCGUAGAGUGGUUCUUCUGUAUUUCUACUCACUACGCCAUCCUCAACU